CUUAUCCAUUUCAUUCUCGCUUUCAUCUUCAAUCAAACAUUGAAAAUUUCCCUAACUUUCCUUUUUCAUUUUAAAAACACAUUCAUUUUUCUUUUCUUUUCUUUUCUACUCCACACUUCACAUUCCGACAUUGAAAAAAAAACACACACACACACACACACUCUCUCUCUCUCUCUCUUCACAUAAACAGAUAAGACAAUGGAGCAUAUCGAGAGAUCCCAAUUGUACAACGAUCCCGUGUACCGAUUCCAAUAUGUAGCAAAGUUCAUGGACUUUGGUCAAGAAGACAUCGAUGCGAUCAAAGGAGCUGCGGAGCUGAUCAAGCCUUUGGUCCCAGCUGUUGUGGAUGCUGUCUACCGCAAGCUUCACCAGUUUGACAUUACUUGGUCUGUGAUGGCUAAACGACAUGAGGGCUAUGUGCCCAAGGACGCCAAGGUGAUUGAGGACGUUGCAGAGUUGACCGAGAAUGCAGAGCAGAUCAAGUUCCGAAAGGAUAUGUUGUCACGGUAUUUUGCAAAGUUGCUGGAGAAUCCGUAUGACGAGAAGAUGAUAAAGUACCUUGAAUACGUUGCAAAGAUUCAUACGGAUACACCGACCAAGAAGUCCAAGAUCAAUGUGGAUCUGAUUCAUAUCAAUGCGCUGUUGGGUUAUGUGGAGACAGUCUUGAUCGGAGGCGUCAAGUCCCUGAACCUGGACAGAGAUACAGAAUACAAGGCCAUCGCUGCAUUCGGCAAGUUGCUCUGGAUCCAGAAUGAUUUCUUUAUCAAGUACUAUUGCAGUGAUGGAGAGGAGUACGCUGAUAGCCCUUCCAGAAGGACCACUACAACAACCUCAUCCUCAAUGGUCGUUGCAAGACAGCCUGGCAUUUUGACUCGUCUGUGGCAAUUCUUCUUUUAAAAAAAAAAAAAAAAAAAAAA